AUGGAUCUGAACACUUUAUCAGCUGACAAAGUAGACAUUUUGUCAAGAAUUCUACCGCAUGAAGAUGAACGGAAGCUCUAUGCUGAACGAGGCGAUGAUGAAGGGCUAAGUGAUGAGGUGAGCUGUGUGCAAUGGGACAGUGUUCUGUCAGAUAUGAAAGAGCUCGAGUCAGGCUUUGAAAUGGCGCGAAAAGAACGUGCUAUGAAAGGAGAAAAUUGCCCGCCACCAUUGGCUAAAUUUUUGGAUACACACGAUGAACGGAUGAAACAGCUACAAGAACAUGCUAAACUUGCGCAGACUAUGCCACCCAAUGAGUUUUUCUCAAAACUCAGCAAAUUCGUAGCCAACUUCUAUCGAUGUAAGCAAGAAAAUGACUCCAGAGAAGCGGCUGAAAAGCGUCAACGUGAUGAAGCCGAACGACGAUCGCGUGCA